AUGGAGCGUCUGGAUGCAUUACGAUCUCAAGAACUGGGUUCCAAUAACUCGUUACGGAGAACUCGUCAAGAUUUCAUCGACAAAGAAAACGCGACAGAUACCAAAACGAAACUACAUCCUGCCGCUGCUAAAGACCCGGUCUACAAGAAGCUGGUCACAACUCUAACAGCUUGGGUCAACUCGUAUGUAAUCCAAGACCAGCUAGGCGUCCGAGACCUCAUCUCCGACAUGAGCGACGGAUACAUCCUCAUAGCCUUCAUCGAGAAACUCACAAACGAAAAGGUCCCAUCUACCGUCGACGGAGCAUCCGAAAAAGCUCGUCGCAUAAACGUAACGGCAUGUGUCAAGUUCUGUGAAUACUCGCUCAACAUCCCGUCAAAGGGCAGAUUCACUAUUGAUGGGAUACUAAACAAGGAUUAUACAUCUAUAUUGUGUUUGCUGGUGGAUUUGGUACAUGCUGUCGGGUGUCCGUAUGUGCUGCCAUCAAAUCUGAGUAUCGCGGUUAUGAAUCCGGAGGAUGUUGGUGGUGUCAUCAAGAAUAAGACUACGGUGCAUCAGAUUACGAAGGAUGAGCAGCAGUAUUCGCAGUCGAGGGGGAUUUAUGUUGAGGAGGAAUUGUUUAGUAUGGAAGAUCUCAGCCGCCCAGUCCCACUCCCAGACGCAUUCGACAAACUAUUCGAUGAUCGAAACAAGGUCACCCAAGUGACUACCCUUAUACGCGGCUUUGUCAACCAGAAAUUCGAGGGAAUGGAUAUGGCAGUCGAUGAUCUCGCUCUUGAAUUCCAUGACGGUGUAUAUCUUAUCUUGCUAGUGGGUACCAUGGGCCACUUUUUCGUUCCACUCAACUUUUAUCAUUUGGCUCCAAAGACCGCUGCUGAGAAGUUGGAAAAUGUGAGAACGGCGUUUAAGCUGAUGGGAGAAAUGGGGAUAUCCACUACAAACUUUAAUGCUGUUGAUCUUGUUCGAAGGGAUUUGAAAGGUACUCUAAGAUGUCUGUAUACAGUAUUUACGCAUUACUCAAACAAGAAUAAUGCUUGA